UGCAUGGUAAGAAACAGCUUUUUACAAGAACAAGCAUGUGGUGACGGAACAGCCAUCCCCAUGCAAGAAGUCAAACAAGAGCGGGUGCUAAGUGGGAACACCGCGGGGAGCUCACUUGCCAGCAGCUACCUUCCAAGGCUCGAGGCUCUCAUGCAAAAGGCACCAGGCUCUUCACAGUCUGCGACACAAAACAGACAAGGACUUGCAGAUGUUCCUAAAAGGACUCAAAGCAAGCCUACUUCACCUGAAAAGCUUUUGAAAAAGCGAUCCCAAACCUCUGCACAACCUGCAGCUGUGCAGGGAGCCCACAAGUCUCUCACCCAGCCUUCCUCUCCGUUUGCCAACUUGACUCACAGUCCUUACGUUCAGGAGAACAUGAAUUCCAGCCCAUACUACGUGGAUCGGGAAAUAAAGGUGCUGGAAAAACUGAGCAAAAUUUUACAGACAGAUUCGCUUACAGAGAUCCAGAAAUGGCUCUUGAAGGCAAGCCUAAAAGAGAAAGACUUAAUGUCCAACCUGAUUUACUCAGAACUGGCUGAUGAAGACCUGCUGAAUAAUCAGCCCCACGCCAUGAAGGGAGGCGCAGCAGAGAACAUGAAUAUCCACUAUCUGCUAAAGCCUCACCCCCCUCCUCGGACAGGUCCAGAAAGGGAAAUGAGUAACAGGCCUUCAACUAAAGAAUCAGAAGCAAGUCAAAACAUGAAGCAUGAAAAGGAUGCAGAACGUAUUUUAUUCUCAAGGCUGAGAAACAGACGUCCAGCACAUGCAGACACAUUUUCCCCAGGGAAGAACCUUGGCCAAGAGAGAGCUGGAAAUGGAAACAAGAGAGAGUCCUGCUUCCACACCCCCCAAAACAACAACGGACGCCUCCCUUCCAGGGCAGUCCCACCUCCUCAUAACCACUAA